GUCUAACUAAACGUAGUUUCAGUUUCUCAAGUUUUAAGGAAGCGAAGCUAGUCGUCAAAUUUUGGGGAAAAACAGCUGGAAUCAACAUUUCUACCACAUAUAAGGUGACGCAGCAAAAACACAAACAUCUGAGUAUGGCUGGGGAACCUGCAAAACCCGCUGAUCUUGACGGUGAAUCUAAGGACGGGAUGUUGGGGGACGAAUUAGACGCCAAACCUGACCGCGGAGGGAGAUUCCUACUAUUUGGUAAGAAGAAUAAGGAUGGACAGACACGGGAGCAGGACUACUCUUCUGAAAGCCAUUACAGAAUUGUUUCACCAACAUUCCAGUAUAAGAUGAGCCACCAGCGAGUGGGGAAGUGCAUCAUCAUCAACAACAAAAACUUUGAUGAUAAGACAGGGAUGAAUGUACGCAACGGCACAGACCGAGACGCAGGUGAGCUGUUCAAGUGCUUCAAGAGCCUGGGCUUUGAUGUUUUCAUCUAUAAUGACCAGACAUGUGAGAAGAUGGAGCGUCUUCUCAGAGAGGCCUCAGAGGAAGACCACAGUGACAGCUCGUGUUUCGCCUGCAUCCUGCUAAGUCACGGUGAAGAGGGCAUGAUCUACGGCACAGACGGGGCCAUGCCCAUCAAGACCAUGACCUCGCUGUUCAGGGGAGACAUGUGCAAAAGCUUAGUGGGAAAGCCAAAACUCUUCUUCAUCCAGGCUUGUCGGGGUUCUGAAUUUGAUGAUGGUAUUCAGACGGAUUCGGGUCCACCAAACGAUACCCUGGAGGCAGAUGCCAAUCCAAGACACAAGAUCCCCGUCGAGGCUGAUUUCCUCUUUGCGUACUCCACUGUGCCAGGAUAUUACUCAUGGAGGAACCCUGGACGUGGUUCCUGGUUUGUCCAGGCACUCUGCAAUGUCCUGAAUGAGUUUGGCAAGCAGCUGGAGAUAAUGCAGAUCCUGACACGGGUCAACUACAUGGUGGCCACCAGUUUUGAGUCCUGGUCUGAGGACCCACGCUUCAGUGAGAAGAAGCAGAUUCCCUGUGUGGUCUCUAUGCUGACAAAAGAACUAUAUUUCAACUGACUGCCCACCUGUACUGUUUAACAAAGACUUACUGACCAGACUGACUUGACAGAUUGUUUCACUUUGUGACUUAGCAGUCAAAGCAUUCAGGGAUGAUUCAGGCCCGGCAGGACACUGCACAUUCAGAGCACAGAUGACGUUUCUGCAUCUGUAGUUGGGCCUGUGAUGACACAAAUUACAGUGGCACUCUGCGUUCAUGUGUUGAUGGUGAAACCUCUUUUUCAGGUUCCUUCUCUUCAGAAAAAUGCGUCACAUUUGAUCUGAUCUUUGUUGACAGGAGUUGUAAAAUAUACAUGUUGUUCUACCAGCCCAUGAAAUUUGCUGCCAGUUUUUGUGGGUUUGGGGACUCAUAUCUGAAUAUGUGUCUCUCCAUUUUCCAGUUCUUGAAAGAUAUUUUAAAAAGAGACUUAGCCAGGUGGAUUAGGCAAAAAAAAGGGGGUAAGAAGCACAAAGUCAGAUCAACCUUUAAUUCUUUAUAUCCAGACACUUACAUUAUGUACAAAUACUCAAUACAGUCACCAGGACAGCAGCAGUGCGUCUACCACUGUCUCUUCAAAUUCCCAUUUACAUUAGUUACAAUUAAAUGAUGGUUUAAUAGCUAAGAUCAACCUGUUUUACAUCUGCCCGAGUCGCAUUAGAAGCUUGUCAGUCAGGACAUUACAUGUUAUAUAAUAGAAACAAAAUACAUAAGAAUAUAGAUUUUAAUGAAACAUUACAGUAGAACAGUUAUAACGACCAGAAACAUGGAGGUUCUCAUCUAUUAACAUUUGGAGUAAUGAAAGGGAAGAAGCCAGAGCUUUUGCUCCAUACUUACAUCUAAAGAGUUCUGUGUUGCAGCAGAAAUGGACACAAACAGAUUAACAGUAGCAGAUUAAUUUAUAGGUUACCCCCCCCCCCAGGCAACAGAUGGACAAAGAAAAAACAAAAACUACAAAACAACACAAUCCAGUGUUAACCCUUACAGCUUUCUUAAUUAUUUUCUUGAUACUUUUCUGGGAGGUUUUCCACCAUUACAUACAGCUGUCUACUUUCUGUUCAUGAUCAAGCCAGGUGUGAAUUGAGGUAGAGAAACUCCUUUAACAGAAUCUGUCCAGUGAACUGUCUAGUGCUUACUGUGCAUUAUUGCAUAGCAAAAUGAAUUGGAAACUUGGUGAGAGUAACCUUUGAAAAAGCUACAAUGGAUUUAUAUUAUCAUUCAGAUUUAUCCAAUAUCUUUAAGCAACUGAAUGAGUCAACACUCCAUGUGUAAUUAAUGGUUUCAGAAAGGGAGAAAUAUCUGGAAAAUGUGUCGGAGCAUUUUCAGCUAUCUGUGUUUCAGCUGUUGAAUGUAAAAAAAAGAAAAAGACAACACUUUUCCAAGUAGAAAAUGACUCAGCACAAUGCCAAAGGCUCAGCGUCUCAGCUUUCCUAGCAAGUUAAAGUUAGUAGUAGCAUCAUGGCAUCCUCAGGAUCUUUAAUGUCCCAUCAAAUGGGUAAAUGUCAUGUUAAAUAAUCUCAUAUCCGUAGUGGCAAGGAAGGCGUGAUCUUUUGCUGUGUAGUGAUUUGUUCUAUGAGACUUUGAGUCUAGCACAUAGCAAAGAUCAUUUGCAGUUUUGCUGGGAUUCCCAGUGUUCACUUGCAUGUCCAAGCACAAAUAAGUGAACUUAAUAUAACUGCAUAUGGUCAAAACUGUGCACUUAUUUAUUAACCUGGGUCCAAGUUUUCAGUUCAAUGAAUUUCCCCUCCCCCCCCCCUUUUUUUUAUUUGUAAGGCAUUCUUCUUUAUUAGCAUGGCAAAAUUAUUAAACACAUAACUUCGGAAAAUUAAGAUAAACUUGGGAAAUAUCAUAGUGUAAAACUGAACCGGGGCCCAAAGCACAAAUGCAGCAUCAUUUUACUGUAUAUUAGUGUUGUACAUUGUCUUCACUUCCAUUACACUGUAGUUAACAGGUGACAAGCAGUGUGUUGCUAUUUUUACUUUAAAAUUGAAUUUUGCUGUAAGAAUAUUUAAAAACCUAAAUCAUCAAAAAAUAAUUUCUAUAUUAUUUUUAAGCACACAGUGCACUUUGACAAGUUGUUAAACCCAAUAUUUGCAUAACUUGAUAAAUUGAUAAUAUUGAGAUGCAUGGUAAAAUUAAAACACACACACACACACAUGCAUGCAUAUAUAUAUAUAUGCAUAAACAUUUGCUGACUGUUAUUACAACAUAGAUAAAGUUUAUUUCUGCAGAUAUAGUGUUUUAUUGUUCCAAAGUCUGUUCAUCAUAGAGGCAGCUAUUACUGGCAGUGACAAGUCUGAACUUACACAAUCCACAUGUCCACAAUAUGCACUCUCACUGUUUUUCAUUAUUCACAUAAUUGCAUGUGUCAGUAACUUGGGAGAUGAAAAAAAUCCUCAAUAUCUUUAUUAUUUUGCUUUCCUCUUUUUAUGGCUUGUAUAUUUAUCAGUCAUUUUAAUUUAAUUUGAAAGCAUAGAUAGAUGCCAGGUGUGUGAUUAGUACUGGCACCCCAGUUCUUGUCUAAUGCAGCCAUGACACUUGAAUCCUCUUGACACGUGGAUCUCUGGUCAGUGAUGUGGUGCCCAACCUCCGCUGAAAGAAAUGUUUGCGCCACUUGUUUUGGAAUUGAAUUGAAGGAGGGAAAAACCUUUUUAAAGGUAAAAAUUGUUAAUGCUUUCCGGUGUUAAAUGCUGUUGUCCUCAGGAAGAUAUUAGGAAAGAUUUUUUAAAAAUGCCUGAAUUUGAUAAAAAAUUAUAAUCUGGCCCAUUAAAAAAAAAAAAAGAUUUGGGGCAAGUAUUUGUUUAAAUAACUUCAAAUAAUGAAUGCCUAUGUAAACAUUUUCCUGUAUUAAA